CUGACGGGGCCCAUUCUGCCCCCUCCUCCCUAGGAGGGGGUGAAUACAAAAGGAGGAAGAGAGAGAGGAUGAGGGGGUCAUCAGGUUCAGACUGAGCCAGAGAAAGCCAAGAGAAUCAUGACCAUCUUAUGCGAAAGCUGCAGCAGGCCAGUCAAGACGGAGAGCUGCCACUCUAGGUGCACGUCUGCCUCCAGGCGGGACCCCAGGACCCCAAAGCCUUUCAGGUCAACUAAAGGUGCUUCUAAGGCUCGCCGGGAUCAGAUCAAUGCUGAACUGCAGGAUCUGCGCUCCCUGCUGCCCAUCUCAGAGCAAGAGAAGGAACGCCUCUCGUAUCUUCACACCAUGGCUCUGGUCUGCUUCUACAUGCGAGAAACUCAGCUCUUUCCUCCAGGCUCACGUGCUUAUGAGGAUGGAGCACCUGCUACUGCAGUAGUAGAUCCAGAACUGCUGCUUUCCCUUCCGGGGUUCAUCCUAGCUCUCACUGCAAAUGGCAAAUAUGCUUACGUCUCUGAGAAUGUGUCCAACUUCCUUGGUUUCUCUGUGGUAGAACUCUUAGCCCACGGUGACUCCAUCUUUGACCUUUUGAACAGCCCUGGAAGCAGGACUAUGCAGGAGAAGCUCUGCUUUGCUCAGCAGCACCCAGGCACUGAAACUGAGGUCAUCACUGAAAUGCGCACCUCAAGAUCUUUGCGGGCAAGAUACGGAGGGAGAUGUUUCGUGGCCUUGAGGGGCAGAUUUCUCUCACUUGAUCCACAACUGACUUCCACUUCUCCCAUUUCGACUUUUGUUGCUUUUUGCACACCGGUUGCACAUCUGCCUGAAAGUGGAGAUCAUACUUUCUGGAAGUUGUCUUUCCAGAGCCUGCACACACUGGAUAUGAAGAUUGCAGAGGUUACUGAAAGUGUAAUUUACUAUCUUGGUUACCACAAAGAAGAGCUGAUUCACCAGUCUUGGUACAGCUUCCUACAUCCUGAAGAUGUUUGCAGCGCAGCAGAGUUACACAUGGCCCUGGUGAACGGUGCUGAGGAACGCAACCAGCAAGCUGUAGUCCGUAUGCUCUGCAAGGACCUGAGCUGGGCUUGGGUGCAAGUCAUUUCAUCGAGGGAGAAUGGAAAGACAGGAGAACUGGUCAUUUGCACCAACCAUAUCCUCAGUGAGGAAGAAGCCAUGCAUAUCCAGAGCCAAAAGCCACAGGCUGCAACUUCCCCCCCAACUACUCUGAGACAAUGUACCAGAGAAACAGAACAGCAGACACAGCCAAAUGACAUUAGUGUUUCCCCUCAAGAGUCACUGAUGCCUGGGGAUGGGACACUCCAGUACAAUCGCAGCCAGAUUCUUGAUGCCUGCGCCAAGAAGAUACUCCCAGUUCCCCUCCAGCCUCAAUUUCCUGUCACUUUCCCUAUCCCCCAUUCAGCUAACAUGCAGCCCCCUGAAGAAACUGGACUUUCUCUUUCCCCUGAUGAUUGGCACAAGAAUCUCUCCUGCACAGACGGAGCCAAGAGACUGCCCACCUUGAGCCCUUGUGCUUUCUGCUCCCCUGAAAGUACACUUUCUCCUGCCAGCAGCCCUUCUGCAGACUUUUCUCCAUUACCCCCAUCGACAGAAAUGUUCCAAGCAAAGGAUACUGGCGCUGACCCAUACAGAUGGGCUAUCAGUGUGCUGGCUGAUCAAAUCCACUCCCUGGCCGAAACCUUCUCUCAGUACACAAAGCAGAUACCCCAGGAGAUUCCUCCUAGCAUCCCCCUGUGGCCUUCUCAGCCUCCUGAGAACUCUCAGACUAAUGGAGCUCUAGAUGUCAUGGAAGAAUUCCCUGUGGAUGAACAAAUCAUCACAACUAUCCUCAACAAUCUCCUGGACAAUGGCAACCUCAAUCUGUCCCCUUCUGAGCUGGUAACAGCAAACAACUUUCACAUAUCAGACUCUGAACCCCAACUUUCUUUACUCCAGACACCCCUAGCAGAAGCACCCCCUUGUCUCAACCAGUGCCUUUUCCCGCAGCCCUUGUCUUCCUCUGCAUCAGCUGAUUGCCGUGUGCCUGACUCCCAAUGGGACGCAAGAUUUCAUAUUACGUUUCACCAAGGUGCCCCUCCAGAGGAGGCCCUGUUCUCCUGA